AUGGAUGCCACCGACGUUAAUCCAUGGGGGAAACAAGUUCUACCAUCGAAGAAAGUCGUCAGUUAUUCAAGUUCCGGUAAAUUUUCAAAGAAGAUGAGUCAAAAAUUCCAUAAGACGAAGGUGGCUGCCGCCUCCGGCGCUAAGAAAAUCAAAGCAAGUGCCUCCGCCGGUGUCAAUUGGUUGAAGAUCAAGUCAUCUGAACAGAUGGCACGCCACAUCAACGCUGACUAUGCACUCUUUGCUGACAAAGCGCUGAGGUGUUAUUUGAUUAAAAAAACACAGUCGGAUAAGAACCGUAGCCUACGGGUUUCGAACUCUGGCGAAAUUAAUGCAAACGACACACUUUACCACUAG